GCGACCUCUGCGGCCGAAGCGCAACAAGCAAUAUAAUCCUCCGGAGCGAACGAUGCCAGCUCAGCCUCGUCGACGUCCCUCGUCGUUCGUCAGGAGCCUCCACCGCCCGGUUCGGUUUUCUCUUCUCGUCGCUCCUUUCAUCUUUCUUUCGCGGCGCGGUCCGUUGGGUAGCUGGCCUAUCCACUAGUCAUCCAAUCCAUCCGAACCCGCACGCAUUGUAAAUCAACGGAAGAGCUGGCCACCACCACGGAAUGCAUGCGGCGCAUGCUCUGAUACAUGUCUACGCGUGCGCCUUGUACUUGACCAUCCGCGCCAGCGCCCUGCCUCUCGUGAGCGUAGCAUUGGUGCCUCGCAGAGACGCUAUCAUCAAUGUCCUCCCGGACGGAAAUGUGACCGUCUUCAACCCGGACACCCAACUGCCAAUACCCCAAGGACCGGCUACCGACGGCGCUGGGGUGGAUUUCUCGGUCCCCGCGGUGCUUUGGAUUGCAUUUUCUGCGAUUAUUGGCGCUCCACUGGCACUUGCAGGUGUUAGGUUGGCGAGGUUCACUACCGGAUGUGCCCUCGGGUUGGCGGGCGUUGUGUGUUCGUGGGCUGCAGUGGUGAACACCAUUGCUGCGAAUGGUGUGGCCGAUCUUACUCUCACCCUCAUCGUCUUCGCUUUUUUCGCGGUGCUAUUCUCCCUCGGACUGCUGUCGCGCUUCCGCGCGGCGUCUCUUGCGGUGCUUGCCAUCGUAGGCGGAUUGUCCCUCGGAGUGCGAAUCGCUCUCCUAAGACCUGGACUUCUGGUGCCCAUAUAUGCGGUGAAUUGGGCUAUAAUCGCUUUACUCGGCGCAGUAGGAGGUUUACUGAUGAUCUUCAAGCAUCGAGUAUCCGUUGUGCUUUCCUCUGCCGCCACGGGCACCUUCUUGAUAGCGCUUGGAGUCGAUCUUGUCCUCAACAAGCAGGAUGGCAUGAGUCGCGGCCUUCGCUUUCUAUUCGACAGAAACACGUCUCAUUUAGCGGAUGUGUUCGAACAUGACUACAAACCGCGGCCAAAUACCCAGAUUAUCUUGGCCGCAUCGCUGGCAGCUGUGUACGUGAGCAUUCUCCACGUUCGCGAAGCACCUUAGCGAAUGCGCGUGGCAGUCCCCUCCUCGCUCUCAUGCAGCACAAGAUCUUCCCGCAGCCUUUUUGGAAACCCAACGAUCAAGACAUCGGCGAACUUGCUUGGAUACGCCGCAGCAUGCUCAGUGACAAGGAGAAAGGUGCCGUAUCUACGCCAACGGAGGCAGCUGUGUCGAACCGCCAUUGGAGUACAGUGCUGGGGGACACAAUGCGCGGAUAUAGGCAAAAAUUACCCAGUAGAUUCAGUAUGUGAAACAUCGUGUGUCGCCGCAUGUCAGUGAAAGAAGCCAUCCACGUG